AUGCGCCUUGGCACCUCCACCAAAAGCACCCGCCUCGGCGCCGUGCGCAUCCACUCCCUGCAGCCAGUAAUCGAGCUCGACUCGGGCAACAGUACCUCUCUGCUGUCAAUCCCAGACAAGGAUGUAGUCCAGCCGUCGGCCCUGCGCCUCAUCACCACCCAGAUGGCCAUAGUCGUCCCCUGUAUGGAUGAGGACAUAGUCACCAUUGAAGGCGUGCUCUCUGGAAUCCCUCACGAGAGCCUCGUCAUCCUCGUCUCCAACAGCACUCACACCACCGACGCCUACGACCGCGAGACUGAUGCUCUCCACCGGUUCAGCCACAUCAGCCACCGCUCGGCCGUCGCCGUGCACCAGCAGGACCCGGGGCUAGCCACAGCUUUCCUGGCAGCCGGCAUGCCUGAGCUCGUUGACCCCGUCACCCAAAGGAUCCGGAGCGGAAAGGGAGAAGCCAUGCUGGUCGGUGCCGCUCUCGCCGCCGCAGCGGGGCGCAAGUACGUGGGCUUCAUCGACGCCGACAACUUUGUGCCCGGGUCCGUCCGCGAGUACUGCGAGGCCUUUGCAGCCGGUCUCCACCUGGCUCGGGUCGGCAGGCAGACGGACAAGGCCAUGGUGAGGCUGAGCUGGGGCUCCAAGCCCAAGGUGCGCCACGGCAGACUCGAGUUCAGCAAGGAGGGCAGGAGCUCCCGCGUCACCAACCGCUGGCUCAACAGACUACUGGCCGAGGUGGGCGCCAAGAACUCGGACAUCAUCGCCACCGGCAACGCAGGCGAGCACGCCAUGUCGAUCGAGCUGGCCACCAAGAUGCGCUUCGCCGGAGGCUUCGCCGUCGAGCCGUUUCAGUACCUGGACCUCUUGGAGCAGUUUGGAAGCAGCCGCGAGGCGGAUGCACCCGACAGACGUGACGCAUGUCGGCACUGGCACGACACGGUCGAGGUUCUCCAGAUCGAGACGCGCAACCCGCACCUGCAUCAGGACAAGGGAGGCGACCACAUCAGGCACAUGUGGGCGCAGGCGCUGGGUGUGAUUCACCAGUCGCCGGUGACGCCGCCCCAGCUGCGACAGCAGAUCGCGUCCUUUGUGGCCGAGAAUGGCGCCAGGAUGCCCGGUGCCGGCGAGAUCCGCGUGUACCCUCCCAUCGACUCGCUGGACCUGCUGCGGCUAUGGGAGUUGCUCGAGGAGGCGUCGACGCUUAAGAUCUGUGGGGAUCCGAUGUGGGUUGACCUCGCGGGGACAGAGUCGACGCUGGGCGUGGUGACGCUGCUUGAGGGCGUCAAGGAGUGUAUUUCAGGCAUCACUAGGGACCUCUUGAUGAAGACGAGAGAGCGGAGUGUCCUCAGGUACGCAUGA